AUGGCGGAGAAGGCAGCCUUUUGCAUAGCCAAAGUGAAUGCGAAAAAGAAGUGCAAACCGGAUGUUGCGAAGGUUAAAGCGCUUGUAGCUGCAGCGAACGUCCAUGAGUGGGAUCCCGAGACAUGGGAUGGCAACAUUUGGGACGAUGAUUAUGAUGUAGUUGAUCAGCCAGACCUUAAUCCCCCGAGUUUUCAAGCUAAACCCGUGGUACGUCGUAAACUUUGUGGUGACGCCCACGGUCCUGAAGCUCCAAAUGUCCUCCUGCAGUCAUCUAAACAUCUGAGCGCUGAGGAGUUUUUACAGAAUUAUGCUGGACCUGGAGAUGUGGAGUGUGACGCCUGUACUGAGAAGAAGUUUAGAGCAGUGAAGUCGUGUCUGACCUGCCCGGCUUCCUACUGUCAGACUCACCUGCAGCCUCACUUUGAAAUAGCAGCCUGGAAGGACCACAAGCUGGUUGAUCCUGAUGGAAAUCUAAAGGAGAAACUCUGUGAGAAACAUCAGAAAAGUCUGGAAAUAUUUUGUGAAACUGAUGACGCGUGUAUCUGCACGAUGUGUGGAGUGACUGAACAUAAUGGUCAUAAAAUGGUCAAGCUGGAGAUGGAAAGAGAGGAUAAAGAGAUUUAUGUGGAAAGAGAUGUGGAAGAAAAUGAGAAGAGCUUCACUGAUCUGAUAGGUUGCAUUGAGGAAGCUGACAGGAAACUGACUGAGAAAAUCAAAGAACAAGAAAAGAGAGAAACGGAGAAGACUGAAGGACCUCAGAGCAGAGACGACUUUUUAAAAUACUUCUGUCCCCUCACACUGGACUUCAACACAGCAAACAGAGACCUCUGUCUGUUUGAAGGGAACAAGAAGGUGACACGUUUGGGGACAAAGAGUGAAUAUCCUGAUCAUCCUGAUAGAUUUGAACGGUGGCGUCAAGUUCUGUGCAGAGAGGCUCUGACUGGGACUCGCUCUUACUGGGAGGUGGAGUGCAGUGGGCGCUUCAUGAGGAUUGGCGUCGCACAUAAAGGACUGAGCAGAAAAGGAUGGGGCAGGGAGUGUCGCCUUGGAAACAACAACAAGUCCUGGUGUUUGCGGUGUUCUCAUUCCAAGUACUCUGUACAUCACAAUGACAAGGAGACUGUAAUCAGCGCCCCCUACAGCCCCACAAUAGGUGUGUAUCUGGACUGGCCUGCUGGCUCUCUGUCAUUUUAUAGCGUCUCACACACAAUGACCCUCCUGCACAGGUUCAACACCUCCUUCACUGAGCCCCUUUAUCCAGGGUUUUGGCUUGGUCCUUACUCCAGUAUAACAAUCAGCCAUCUGACACCAUGUGACCACUGA